UCCGAGGCUAUGCCCGAAGGGUGCAGCUGUAGGGACCAAAAUUAUUCAUUCAUCUGAUUUUCGGUACCUGCGUCGGGACUAUGCACACACACCGAACUUCGCAGGUGAGAGAAACUCCGCCGUCAUCCUGCACUCCACCACCCGUCUUCCCACCUCCAUCACUCCUCGUUUUCUCUUCCUCUUCUUCUCGUUGCCGGGACGAGCAGGACGGAGACCAUCACGAUGUCAGAUCCCGCGUUCGACGCCAAGUCGGCGGCUUUCCUGCGCUGGUUCACGGCUUGGCCCGGCGCUACUUUCCACCCGGACAUUAGGAUCGAGGACCUCCGCGGCCGCGGGGCCGGGCGCGGAAUCGUCGCCACGGCCGACAUCCCCGAGGACACCACGCUCUUCCGCAUCCCGCGCGCCGCCGUGCUCAGCACGCGGACCUCGGACCUGCCGCGGCGCCUGCCCCACCUCUUCGAGGCGUCGACGGCCGGGCUCGAGGACGCGUCGGACAACGAGGCCGACGACGACCCGCACAUGCGCCUGCCUGGCGGCGGCGGCAGCGACGCCAACGGUCGCGGCGGGGCGGCCGCCGCCGGGGCCCCGGAUAACUGGGUCGCGCUGAUCCUGGUGGCCAUCUACGAGUUCCUGCAGGGGGACGGCUCGCGCUGGAAGCCGUACCUGGACGUGCUGCCGGCGCGGUUCGAGACGCCGAUGUGGUGGGACGGGCGCGAGGUGGCGGAGCUGCAGGCGAGCCCCGUGGUCGGGCGCAUCGGCCGCGACGAGGCCGACGGCAUGUUCCGCGCCGGCGUGCUGCCGGUCGUGCAGGCGCACGCCGACGUCUUCUACCCGGCCGGCGCGGCGCGGCUGGCCGAGGACGAGCUGCUCGCGCUCGCGCACCGCAUGGGCAGCACCAUCAUGGCGUACGCCUUCGACCUCGAGAGCGAGGACGAGGACGAGGACGGCGGCGACGGCGAGGACGGCGACGGCUGGGUCGUCGACCGGGAGGGGUCGACCGUGAUGGGCCUGGUGCCGAUGGCCGACAUCCUCAACGCCGACGCCGAGUUCAACGCGCACGUAAACCACGGCGAGGACUGCCUGACGGUCACGGCCCUGCGGCCGAUCCCAGCGGGCGCCGAGAUCCUCAACUAUUACGGGCCUCUCGGCAAUGGGGAGCUGCUGCGGCGCUACGGCUAUGUAACCAGUCACCAUGCUCGCUACGACGUUGCAGAGAUAUCCUGGGAGCUAGUCCUCUCCGUCUUGAGGGACGCUCUCCAACUAGACGACAGGGUAUGGGGGAAAGCGCUCAACGAACUCGACCUGGAGGAGAUCGAAGACGCUUUUGUCAUCGAACGAGACUCGGGAGAGCCCAACUCGAGGGGCGAACUGGAUGCUGCAGCGACCUUCAAGGAGCUCCCGACAGACCUCAUAGAGCAAAUCCACUCGCUGCUCAAGGCUAUCCGACACGUGAGCCCCGAUACCAUCCCCGACAAGGCGAAGCGGGACGAGAUCACACUGUCAACCAUCCACCGCGCUCUAGAACUCAAGCUGGCCCAGUACACGACGAGCCAAGCGUACGACUAUGAUUUGGUGUCGGGAGACAAGGUCUCGGGUCGGCAGAAGAUGGCUGCGGUGGUGCGAUGGGGCGAGAAGGCCCUGCUGCAAGAGGCGGUAGACUUCGCGUACGGCAAGGUCGAGAAGACGAGAUCGAGCAUCAGGCGAGACGACGAGCCCGGAGCGAAAAGGCAAAAGACUAGGUGAGUGUGGACAGAAGUCCCGCCACCCUGUCUUUUUUUUGUCCCGCAACGCCACCUUCAUGCGCGACGGGAUGGCGCUCGCCCUUUGCUCCAACCAACGCUUUCUUCUGGUGGCUUACUCUGCUAUGUCUC